CCCCCGGUCCGCCCCGAGCCCCCCGGGGCACCCUCGGCCCGACCCUCCCUGAGCGCUGCGGCGGCUGGUGACGGGCAGCGGGAACCCCUCGCCCCCGGCCCCCGCUGGCACUGCCCAUCCCGCUGCCCUGCAAAGUCGCCGGGACGGUCGCGCAGCGCCCCGGGCAAGGCAGGGACUCUGCGGCACCUGCCUGCAGUGCAGCCUUGUGCGGCCGCGGGCAGCGGCGACAGGCAGCAGCCAGCGCGGCCCCGUGCUCCCACGCCACGGCGCAGGGGGGGAGUUUCUCCUCCUUUGUCUGCUCCCGGCCAGGCAGCAGCCGGUGCGCGGCAGCGGCGGAGCAGCCGGGGAAGGGCCUCGGCAGGAUCCGCGGAGCACGGCGGCCGCGGUCCCCUCCGCCCCGGCACAGCCACCGGCCCGGCCCCGCCGCGCUGGCAACGAGCAGCGACCCCGGAGGAACCGAGCUCUUCAUGACGGAAACCCGACCAGGGAGCGGGGACGGCAGCCGCGCCCGGGGACGGGGAGGACGGCAGCACUGGGGACAAGGACACUCGCGCCCCGUGCCCUCCCCCGGCGCCCGCGGUCGGCCAUGGGGAACGGCAUGAGCCAGAUCCUUCCUGGCCUCUACCUUGGGAACUUUGUCGAUGCCAAAGACCUGGAGCAGCUAAGCCGGAACAAGAUCACCCACAUCGUUUCGAUCCAUGAAUCCCCCCAGCCCUUGCUGAAGGAUAUUACCUACCUCCGCAUCCCCCUGCCUGACACCCCUGAGGCCAACAUCAAGAGGCACUUCAAGGAAUGCAUCAGUUUUAUCCACCAGUGUCGCCUGCAUGGAGGGAACUGCCUCGUCCACUGCCUCGCUGGCAUCUCCCGCAGUACCACCGUGGUCGUUGCGUAUGUCAUGGUCGUCACGGAGCUGAGCUGCCAGGAGGUGCUGGAUGCCAUCAGAACCAUCCGGCCCGUCGCCAACCCCAACCCUGGCUUCAGGCAGCAGCUGUCUGAGUUCGGCGGCAGCGCAGCCCGCAAGGUCCGCAGGCACCUGAAGCAGAGGUAUGGGACAUCCCCUUUCAAUGAUGAGGAAGAAAUAAAGGCCUUGCUGCCAGCAGGGAGAGAAGGAACAUCCAGGACAGAGGGAGCUCAGCAAGGACUGGUCCCAAGAGCCAGAGACAUCAGAAGCACAAGUCCCUUCCUGCUGCGGGUGAAGAGGACGUUCUCCUGCAUCCCGGCUUGUCUGAAGACUCGGACGUCAGACACCGCUGCGGGAAACCUGAGUCAAAGAAAAAAAUUUAAGAACCGUCCCCUCUGUCGUGGAGCAGCCAGAGCCGGCAGCGUGGGCCGGGAAAAGGAAAGUGAAAGCCGGAGCCGCUUUCGGUUUCGGCGCCGGGCCGCGAUGGCGGAGCCGGGGGCGCCCAUGCGGCUGAAGGAGUGGCUGAUCGCGCAGAUCGACAGCGGCCGGUACCCGGGGCUGCGCUGGGAGAACCGGCACCGGACGCUCUUCCGCAUCCCCUGGAAGCACGCGGCCAAGCAGGAUUACCGGCAGCAGCAGGACGCCGCGCUCUUCAAGGCUUGGGCCAUCUACAAAGGGAAGUACCAGGAAGGGACGGACAAGGCUGACCCCUCCACCUGGAAGACUCGUCUCCGCUGUGCCCUCAACAAGAGCACCGACUUCCAGGAGGUGCCAGAGCGGAGCCAGCUGGAUAUCUCUGAGCCUUACAAAGUGUACCAGAUCGUGACUGACAGAGCCUGUGAUGCAGAGGACAGUGACACACAGUCCCCAGGCAGUGAGGACCAGCAGGGCAGCACUGCAGGGAGUCCAAAGAAGGAGGAAAGCCAGAAAGACACACUGGAGGCAGACCACAGAUCUCCACAGCCCCUGCUCUCUGCCCAUCCAACUGAGAGAGGCCAGGAGAACACCUGGGAGUCCUCGAGGACAACUGCCCACAUCCCUUUACCACCUCAUCUCUGCCCUGGUCCAGGGUACCUCGUGAGAGGAGUCUUCUACGGCUGGAACCCAAUCCAUGGGCAGUUCCUCCCCAGACCCCAGUCCUACCUCCCUGUGGAAGAUGUCAACAACUCAGAUUGCUGGCUCCACAUCCGCCUCUACUACUGCGACGUGCUGGUGAAGGAGGUGACCACCCGCACGGCCGAGGGCUGUCGCAUCACCAGCCGCGCCGUGCCGGCCGACAGCGAGCGCCUCUACGGCCCCUCCUGCAUGGAGCAGAUCGAGUUCCCCCCACCGCAGGCACUCAGCGGCCACAGCCACGCGGCCGCCAUGGCCAAUGUGCUGGAGCGGCUCCUGCCCCACCUGGAGCGCGGGGUCCUGCUGUGGGUAGCGCCCGAGGGGGUCUUCAUGAAGCGCCAGUGCCAGGGCAGGGUGUACUGGAACGGGCCACUGGCCCCACACAGGAACUGGCCCAACAAGCUGGAGAGGGAGAAGACCUACAAGCUGCUGGACACACAGCAGUACCUGCAGCAGCUGUGGGAGUACCUGAGCAAUGGGCAGCUCAUGCCGCAGUACCAGAUCCACCUGUGCUUCGGGGAGGAAUUCCCCACCAGAGCCGGGCACCCCUUCCAGAAGCUCAUCAUGGCCCAUGUGGAGCCGGUGUUUGCACGGGAGCUCUUCCAUCACGCCCAGCGCUUGAGGCCAACGCUGCUCCGCAACUCCCCCCAGCUCUGUGCCCCCGGCACCUCCAGCCACGUUAUUCAUGUCCUCAAACAGCUCUGCCAGCCCUGAGCUGGGCGGGAGAGAGCUCAGUCACCAUAAAGUCUCAGAGCAGGAGGCUCUGAGCCCCACGGCCUUACUCCAGCUGUGUGUCCCGAGGCAGAGUGCACAGGGUGCUCAGCAUGAGGAACUGGAUGCAGGCAGGUUCUGGCCAGGGUGGGCGGGCACUGCUGCCCUCGUGAGUGCUGUAUUUAUUGCCCAGGAGGUCCCCAGGUGGGAUUUGCUGUGUGCCUGUUCAGCCAGUUGGGGCAGAGCCGGCUCCAUCCUUGCACCACCGGGACUUGCCAUUUGUGAAACUUAGAAAUAAAGGUUGUGUUUUGGUACCAGUGUCAGGGGCUGGCUCUGGUGUGGGGGACUGGUGCCAGUAUGAGGGGAGCACAGG